AUGGAUGAUAGGUUGGGGAUUGCUGUGGAGAAGGCGAUGGAUGAUAGUUUGGGGAUGACUGUGAAGAAGGCGAUGGAUGAUAGGUUGGGGAUUGCUGUGGAGAAGGAUAUGGAUGGUAGGAUGUGGAUGGCUGAUAGUAGAGAUUGCCGGAAUGUCCAAAAUUCGUGGGCUGUGCUGCCACGGACAUCAUCUGACUGGUUAAGGAUAGAGAAAGGAUUCCGCAGAACUUGGAAUUUUCCUCACUGCUUAGGAGCUAUCGACGGAAAACAUGUGCUAAUACAAAGUCCUAUUCAUAGUGGAUCUGAGUUUAUCAACUAUCACAAAACAUUCAGUGUUGUAUUAAUGGCUUUAGUCGACGCGGAUUACAAUUUUAUUUUUGUGGAUUGUGGGUGCCAGGGCCGAAUAAGCGAUGGUGGUGUAUACAGAAACACCAACUUAUAUAAACAAAUCUGUAGAAAGGAAUUGGGUUUUCCACCGCCAGACUGCUUACCGCUGAAAGUAACACCUCUACCUUACGUACUUGUUGCAGACAGUGCAUUUGCUCUAACGGAAAAUAUGAUGAAACCUUACGCUGGAACUCAUAAUAAGGGAUCUAAAGAACGCGUGUUUAAUUACCGCCUUUCACGAGCUCGACGGAUUGUUGAAAAUGUCUUUGGCAUUAUGUCUGCGGUGUUUAGAGUACUAAGAAAACCCAUGCUUUUACAACCAGAUAUUGUAACUGAUAUUGUGAUGACAUGUGCAUUGUUACACAAUUUUUUGAGACGGUCUAAAAGGUCUAGACUUAUAUAUACCCCUCCUGGAUCCUUUGAUACCGAAAAUGAUGAUGGCGAGAUUCAGCCCGGUUCUUGGCGUGAUGACCAAAAUGGAGUUGCUUCCCUACUACCACUCCAAAACGGCCAAGAAGAGCACCUCUUUCCGCCAAGAAUAUAA